GGUCCAUGAGCUCGAGCUGCUUCUACGACGGCAACCGCGUGGAGUACACACGGCUGAAAAAGCCUGUCAAGCGUAAGGCAACGGUCACCGUCGUUCCCGCCGGCGCUGCGCCGCCGUCGCACGUGCGGCGGCGGCGAAAGCAGGACCGAAACGUACUCCACCUCUCGAUUGAGCGCGAUGGCGGCAAGAAGCGGGAGCGGUGGACGCGCGUGUCUCGGCUGCUGAAGCGUCAGGUCAAGGUGCUCGAGGGGUCGGGCCUCAAGCCCGGCGUGGGCAACUACAGCGAGGACGAGGAUGCGGCGAUCAAGCGGCGGAAGACGGGAGGCGAGGCGUACAGCAGCAUCGCACGCUCGCUGGGGCGCAGCGAGCAAGCAGUCACAAACCGAGGCCAGCGGCUGAUGAAUCCAAAGCUCGCGCCGAUGGGCCAAGGAAGGGCUGGCGUGCCGCAGGACCGGAGCAUCAACUGGGUGGACGAAGUCACCAGCGCGAUGCAGCGGCUGCCCAACCAGCAGGGCACCGCUCACGAUGUGAUUGCCGUGCUGAAGGAGAUGGGCCACGUGUUGGACGAGAGCCUUCAUCCGGGCACAAGUAAAACCAGGGGCUUCUCGCUUGUCGGCGACGUCCUGUCCAGAUCAAGGACCCCGCAGUUUGCAGCACUCCCGCGCCCCGCUCGCUUGGGCCAGUCCGGCACGGUGGUCCAGGUCACGCAUGGCAGAAAAGGUCACAAGGCGUCGGUGCAGUUCCAGGACGGCGCAGUCGAGGCGUUCAGCGUCGGCAGCCUCGCACUGGCCGCCUCGCCUGCUGCGCGCCGGAUCGCAGCUGGCGCCUCCGUGACAGUCACGAAGGAGGAGGGAGGAGUUGUGAAGGUGGAGGCGGGCCCGCGCAACAGGCCCUGCACCGUCUACAAGUACAGGCCGGAGCUGACCCCGGUCAAGGCCGUCAAGUCGCCGACGAAGCGCAAGAGGCUCAACGCCAAGGAGAGGAAGAAGGGCUACGACGGCGUAGCGCAGAAGAACGGAUAAGGAGAACGGUCAACAUAUACUUUGUUCAUAUCUGAUAUCAACGGGAAAAGAAUUUUAGCGCAGCGGCCUCCCUUGGGUUGUCUGUUUUCUUUCUACGUCCUCCCAUCCCUCCUUUGGGUUGUACGUUUUCUUUCUUUCUUUUCUUUUCUUUCUUUUUAGCGGUC